UUUGACCUGAGGCCAUUCGGGCGUUUCCGUGCGGACCUGUUGCCUGUGUGCUUUUUUAAAAAAAACGAGUGCCUAAUCCUCGGGUGUUUCCGUGCUGCAGCUGGAAGUCCGGCGGAGCGGAGCCGAGCUGAACUGAACUCAAUCUGAACGAUUGGAGGUUUCGGGAAUCUCCGCGGGCCCUGACUUGACUGAUUGAACGCUUGUAACAUGGCGGCGGUGAUGAAGGGAGUGGAGUUGAACAUCUUUGGCUAAAGUAAAAGAGAGAGACAGAAACGAGAACGAUUCUUCUGCUGUUCGAAUUUCUAUCGAGUAAUGGACCCGUGGCUUUCUGCAACACGUGCGCCAGAAGAACGUGAGAAAAAAGUGCAACAGAGGGAGCAACCAAAGGAAUAAGUUUAUAGCAACGCCGGUUUGGGCAAGGAAUAAAAGUGCGAAAAUGUCGGAUUCUAAGGUGAAAGUUGCAGUGAGAGUCCGGCCAAUGAACCGACGAGAGCUGGAACUCAACACCAAGUGUAUAGUGGAAAUGGAAGAAAAUCAGACUGUCCUUCAUCCACCGCCUUGUCCUAACACGUCCAAGGCAGACAACAGGAAAGGGCCUAAGGUGUUUGCUUUUGAUCAUUGUUUCUGGUCCAUGGAUGAAAGUAAUAAAACGAAGUAUGCAGGUCAAGAAGUAGUUUUCAAAUGCCUUGGUGAAGGGAUUCUUGAGAAUGCAUUUCAAGGAUAUAAUGCUUGCAUUUUUGCCUAUGGACAGACAGGUUCGGGAAAGUCUUUCUCAAUGAUGGGCAGUGUUGAUGUACCAGGCCUUAUACCUCGUCUUUGUGGUGCAUUGUUUGGAAGAGUUUCCAAAGAGGAAAGUGAAUCUCACACAUUUAAAGUAGAAGUGUCGUAUAUGGAGAUCUAUAAUGAAAAGGUGCGAGAUCUCCUUGAUCCAAAAGGGAGUCGGCACAGUUUGAAAGUUAGAGAACAUAAAGUAUUGGGCCCAUAUGUAGAUGGCUUGUCGCAGCUGGCUGUUACUUGUUUUGAAGAUAUUGAAUCCCUAAUGUCCGAAGGAAACAAAUCACGAACAGUUGCUGCCACUAACAUGAAUGAAGAAAGUAGCCGUUCUCAUGCUGUGUUCAGCAUCACCUUAACUCAGACACUUUAUGAUCUCCAAAGUGGUACUUCUGGAGAGAAAGUAAGUAAGUUGAGCCUCGUAGAUCUGGCUGGAAGUGAGAGAGUUUCUAAGACGGGAGCUGCAGGCGAACGUUUGAAGGAGGGCAGUAACAUUAACAAGUCACUUACAACACUAGGUUUGGUUAUUUCUGCAUUAGCGGACCAAGUGGGAGGAAAGGGCAAAAAUAAGUUUGUGCCUUACAGAGAUUCUGUGCUCACCUGGCUUCUCAAGGAUAACUUGGGAGGAAAUAGUAAAACUGCUAUGAUAGCAACAAUUAGCCCAGCUGGGGACAACUAUGAAGAAACACUUUCCACGCUGAGAUAUGCUGAUCGGGCAAAACGCAUUGUAAACCAUGCUGUGGUGAACGAAGACCCAAAUGCUAAGAUUAUUCGAGAGCUACGCGAGGAGGUAGAAAAAUUGAAGGAGCAACUAAGUCAGGCUGAGGCAAUGAAAGCUCCUGAGCUAAAAGAGAAAUUAGAAGAAUCUGAAAAGCUCAUUAAAGAUUUGACUAUCACUUGGGAGGAGAAGCUGAGGAAAACUGAAGAAAUUGCACAGGAACGACAAAAACAACUCGAAAGUAUGGGCAUCUCGCUGGAGUCAUCUGGCAUUAAAGUUGGGGAUGACAAGUGCUUUUUAGUUAACCUGAAUGCUGACCCUGCACUCAAUGAACUGCUUGUCUACUAUUUGAAAGAUCACACCAGAGUCGGUGCAGAUGAAUCUCAGGACAUUCAGCUGUGUGGAAUUGGCAUCCAGCCUGAGCACUGUGUCAUUGACAUUACAGCAGAUGGGGAUGUUACUCUUAGCCCAAAUGAAAAUGCCAGAACUUGCUUGAAUGGUGCUGUAUUGCAUGCUCCAAACUCUCUCUGGCAUGGGGACAGAAUUCUCUGGGGAAAUAACCACUUCUUUAGAAUUAACCUACCAAUGAGGAAGAGGAGAGACAAAUUAAAAGAAUAUGAAAGUGAGACAAAUCGAGAAUGUGGUGCAGACCAAGACAUGGAGACAGCAAGUGAAGCUUCAUCCGAACCAGACUAUAAUUAUGAAUUUGCACAGAUGGAAGUCAUGAUGAAAGCUCUUAGCAUCAAUGAUCCUGUUCAAAAUGUUGUGCAGAUUCUUGAGAAGCAGUAUCUUGAGGAGAAGAAGAAUGCACUUGAAGAGCAGCGGCUAAUGUAUGAACGUGAGCUGGAUCACCUUCGUCAACAGCUGUCACCAGACAGGCUACACCGGCAUGGCAUCGAGAGAUUGUCAUUCACUUCUCAAAUUGCACAACAAAAAGUAAAACUUUGGUCUGAAGAGAGAGAUCAGCUGUUCCGUCACAGUCUGUCAAAGUUGAGAGAGCAAAUCGUGAAAGCUAAUGCUCUAGUGAGAGAAGCAAAUUUUCUGGCAGAAGAGAUGAAUAAGCAGACAGAUUAUCAAGUCACUUUGCAAAUUCCAGCAGCAAAUCUCAGUGCUAACAAGAAGAGGGGAGCAAUUGUGAGUGAGCCCGCUAUUCAAGUGAGACGCAAGGGAAAAGGUACCCAAGUCUGGGCCAUUGAGAAGCUGGAAAACAAAUUAAUUGAUAUGAGAGACCUCUAUCAGGAUUGGAAGGAAAAAGACAUGGUAGAAUAUUACAAUAAGAUUCUUAGCAAACAUGGAGAUCCUUUCUACGAGGCACAGGAGAACCAUAAUUUGAUUGGUGUUGCCAAUGUUUUCUUGGAGUGCCUUUACCAUGAUGUGAAACUUCAGUAUGCUGUUCCCAUCAUCAGCCAGCAGGGGGAGGUUGCUGGCCGCCUCCAUGUGGAAGUGAUGCGGGUUAGUGGUGUGGUUCCAGAGCGUCCAGACGGUGGAGACGAUUCUUCAGAGAACUCGAGUGGAAGCUAUGAAGUCAUGGAUAAUAAUGGUGAGAUUGUGCACAUGGCAAAGAAACUGACCUGCAGGGUAAAAAUAAUAGAAGCAACGGGACUACCCCUCAAUCUCUCAAACUUUGUAUUCUGUCAGUACAUCUUUUGGGAUCACUCUGACCAAACAGUUGCGCCUCCAAUGGUCAAUCCAGAUAUGCCAUCUAUCAAAGACAAGGCCGUUCAGUACACUGUGACAUUUGACCAUAGUAAGGAUUUUAUAGUACAUGUUACAGAGGAGUUUCUGGAGUUUAUUUCUGAUGGUGCUCUCGCGAUUGAAGUCUGGGGCCACCGGUGUGCAGGAAAUGGUAGAACUACCUGGGCAGUUGACGCACUGCAAGCAAAAACGCGCACACUCCGUGACAGAUGGAGUGAAGUCACACGCAGGAUCGAGAUGUGGAUCUCGGUGCAAGAAUUAAAUGAAAUGGGAGAGUACACGGCAGUGGAACUGGCUCAAGCCAAAGAUGUCAAUACUGGGGGUGUCUUCCAGAUUCGACAGGGUCAGUCUCGUCGGAUUGAAGUUACAGUUAAAGCUGUUCAGCACUCUGGGACAUUGCCACUUAUGGUGGAAGCAGUUUUGUCUGUCUCUAUAGGAUGCAUUACAGCCAGAUCCAUUAAACUCCAGAGACCUUUGGAUAGUUACCAGAAAGAGGAGGAGGAGGAUAUGGAUAGUUAUCAGGAGGAAGAUUUGAAUGAAGUACGAGAAAGAUGGUCUGAUGCAUUGAUGAAGCGUCGGGAAUACUUAGAUGAGCAAAUUCAGAAAGUAAUCAACAAGCAAGAGAAAACAGAAGAUGAUGUGGAGAGGGAAGCUAGGUUAGUGGAGCAGUGGGUGGGCCUCACUGAGGAACGAAAUGCUGUGCUUGUUCCUGCCCCAGGCAGUGGGAUUCCGGGAGCCCCUGCAGACUGGAUAUCACCACCUGGAAUGGAAACCCAUAUCCCUGUACUCUUCCUUGACUUAAAUGCUGAUGAUCUCCGCGCAAAUGAACAGCUCACUGGUCCACAUGCACCUGGUGUGAACUCCAUCUUACCGAAGGAGCACGGCAGUCAGUUCUUCUAUUUGCCUAUCAUCAAGCACAGUGAGGAAGAGGUCUCAGCUAUUGCCUCUUGGGACUCAUCAGUCCAUGAUUCCAUACACUUGAACAAAGUUACCCCACAGAAUGAGCGUAUCUAUUUGAUUGUAAAGACUACGGUGCAGCUCAGCCAUCCAGCUGCUGUGGAGUUGGUGUUACGCAAGCGUAUAGCUGUUAAUAUUUACAAUAAGCAGAGUUUCACACAGAGUCUGAAACGAAGAAUGUCCUGCAAACACCUCCUUCAUUCCUGUGGUGUUACCUAUGAGAUAGUAUCCAACAUACCCAAGGCUUCUGAAGAAGCAGAGGAUCGAGAAACUUUGGCACUUAUGGCUGCAAAGAGUGAAAAUGAUAGUUCAGGUGACGGAGAAACGUACAUUGAAAAGUACACAAGAGGAGUGCUAGAGGUGGAAAACAUCCUUAGUCUGGAACGACUCAGACAGGCAGUCACGUUAAAAGAAGCACUUUCAUCAAAAGGAAGGCACAUGAAGAGGAGCGUCAGCACACCAAACGUUCACCAUGUUUCCAGUAAUCGGUCAGAUCUUUCUGGAUAUGAAGAGGAUGAAUACAGGGGUCGUUCAGAAAGCCAUCAUGAUAUUUCUGACUGCUUGUUCAACACUCAAGAAUGUUCCUGGUAUAACACCCUACCUAAAGAUUCACCACGCAGGCUGAAAGACACUGGAGGUGCUGCACCUGACAGUCCUCAUUCAUUAAGUCCACUUAAAGCAUUCUCCACCCAGCCGCCUAAGUUCCUGAAGUCACUUAUGCCUGUAAGAGAGGAACGAAAGGGCAAACAACCUCUGGAAACCAAACCUCUCCUUGCACAUGAGAGCAUGUCUCCCCUUCAGGAUAAAAGCAUGCUGGUACAUAGCAGUAGCAGUGUUGUGCCCCCAGGAACCAGUGUCAUCCCCAAAUCAGUUGAAAAUGGUAACGAAAAUGAGGACACAUUUGAUUCUGAAGAGGAGGAUUAUGAAAUGGAGAAUCUCAAUAAGAAAAUGAGCAGCUCUCAAGGCUUUCAUGGUUUCCAGCCUUACAUUCCAGAAGAUUUUGCAGACUUUGAUGUGUACAAUGCAAGCCUUGAAAACAGAGAUUUGUUUUCAUCCAAGCCAGAAUGCCCAAGUUCUCAUUUCCUUGAAAAUGAGGUUUCUUGCAGUCCAACAACGAGCAGUAUGACAAGUGGUUAUAUCUCCCACAGUGCCUCUAAUGCUACACUUUCUGAUGUGGUAUUCACUGGUACUGAGACCGCAGAUCAGCUAAGUAACCAGACACGAAACUCUGACCUUCGGGAUACUGUGUCACAAAUUAGUCUGUCUGAUGUAAAAUUAUCUUCUGGAAAAAAAGAUGGAACUGAGGAACAAAAUGCUGAUUUAAAAGACGUACAGAAGAGUGCGUCACUCCCAUCAAAUAGUGCCUUAGUGAAUGAAACCUCAGGAUUGCAACAGUUUAUUGAGUCUAAAUCUAUACUUGUUUAUAGAACACUCCCAGAUAUGUAUUCAUCAGAUUCAUUGCCCUGUACGUUAAAACCACAAGGUAGCAUAUCUGAAGAUGGCGGAGAUGACGAUGAUUCUUUCAAUUCAACCAUGAAUGUAGAUGUUUUCAGCUGUCAAGAUUUCACAGAUUUUCAAGGUGCUGAGGAAGCAAGAAAGGAUCUUGAGCUGCCCGAUGAACCCAUGAUUUACAGUACUGAUUCCUCUGAUAACUCUAAUAGACUGUCUGUAGAUAGUCUAGAGCUUGAUGAAAAAUGGCAACAUUCUGCUGUAAAAUGUACAAAUGAUAUUUCACAGCUUCCUGAGGAUUCUUGUGUGGCACAUGAGCAAUCACAGACUACUGUACUUGAUAAUAGAUUAACAAAUACCUCUGAGAACACUCUAUAUUGUAAGGAAGCUGACCAUGAGGAAGCAUUUGAUAAUGCCCCCAACCCAGCUAACUCUGAUUCAAAGAACCUCUCAGAUUUAGAAGAUACUCAGGACAGCGCAACUGCAGAACAAGGUGAACCUCUGCCAGGUUGGAUCAUGCUGGGAGAACGUGCAUCUGUUGGAAACAACAAGAAUGGAACCAUUCGAUAUGUUGGCACAGUGGAUUUCUCUGCUGGAAUUUGGGUUGGAGUUGAGCUUGAUGUUCCAGCUGGCAAACAUCACGGCACUAUUGAAGGAAAAGAAUAUUUUCACUGCAGGCCUAGUUGUGGUAUAUUUGUACGUCCAAACCGGCUCAUCCAGGUCUCCAACACAGUAAAGCGGCAGAACAGCACACCACAAGCUCAGAUAUCCACAAAUCAUGAAAAACGAAAAGUUGUCAGCCUUGGGACAUCACAGGUCACCUCAUCCACGAAACCUGAUGGAACAACGCUACGCCAAUCAGGAGAUACAGCACCCUCCAAGAAACACCACAACAGGAAAUCUUGGGUUAACUGAACUGCAACAUUUGCACUUAGGACACAUCACUGUAUAGACCUCUUAAUGGCGUAUUUUAUAGAUUGUACAGUGUUUUUAUUUUGUUUAUAUUACUAGACCAUGUGACACAAAGGACAGAAUGAAAUCUUUUAACACUUUUCCUUUUUUUGAAAGAAGGUAUAGUAACAAAAGAUAGAAAUUACACUAAAAAUGGCUUUGCAGAGUAAAAUCCCAGACUUCAGUUAAGAAAGCACCAGCUUCUGUAUUACAAGUUAACAUUUGAGAUGUAUUUUAAUUAAUCAGGAAAUAGAUAUUUUAUUAAAAACUGGGAUGCAAAUGAAGAAGAUCUCUAAACCUGUUUUUAAUUACCAAAGAUUUCAAUUAGAGGAGCUUCUCAAUUUUUAUUUUGCUCUUUGUAAAUCUGUAUUCUAACAUGUUAGGCACCUUGCGAUGUUUUAUUAAGUCAUGCUGUGUUUUCUUUACUUUGUAUUAAGCUGCCUUAUUUCUGUGUCUAAUAAGCACAUGAAGCAAAAAUUGACUGUUCAAUCCAGUUUUUGUUUUCGAAAGCUUGCUACUGUGCUGACUUGGCUUCAAGUGGCUGCACAUUCAACUGCCAUGUUGGGCCCUUUGCCUGAAGCUUUGUGUGUUACAAAUUGGAACUCUAAUACCCUGAUUUGCCUGUUAGGCAGUUUAGUGCUUAAACAGUAUUACUGCACGAAUGCAGGGAACAGACUGGAGAUUUGUUUUAAAGAUUUACGAAAGUAAGUAUGCAUGCACUUGCUGAAAAAAGCGAAGUAAUGGUACAUUUUGCAACAAUAUUGUGUAUAUAAUGAAAGAUCACAAUGGAGGAUUUGGUUUAAAUAAUUUAUACACAAGAUUAUAAAUAGUAACUAAAGGGUUUUCUGCAUCCCAUGCAGUAAAAGAAGGGUGUAAUCUGAUGGGCAAAAGACGGUUUCAGAAAGCCAUCUAGUGUACAUAAAGCGUUGUGCAAAAUUGUAAGGGUACUUAAGAGGCAAUCUGUUCGAAAAGAAAUAAGAUGAAUGGCUGACUGUUAAUUUUAAUCUGAAAAAACUUGGGGCUUGCUCAAGAGCUGCUGUUCUGAAUUAGUCUUGUGUAUAUAUAUUUACCUCUCAUAGAGUUUUCUUGUAUUACUAUGUACAGAGUUGUAAUAUAUAUUUUAUUUCAGUAAUACUGUAUUUAAUUGUUACAGGAUUUGUGUUUUAGAAUACAUGCUGUACUUCAACAUGAAACUGUUCAUCAGCUGUGUGAAUUUUGUUUGUAUGAUAGUGUUGUAAAAGGUAGGAACCGCCCCAAGUUUCUACCUUUUUAAAUAUCUGAUGAUCCAGCAGAAUGGUUCUAUGUAAGUAGUUCAGUUUUGCAAUGUUAUGAAGUGGCAAUCCAGUUCAAGGGCCGUAACUCUGCACAUCUUAUGUCGCAGUCAUUUGGUUUCCAUUUUAUAAAAACCAAAAAUGAGCAGUACAACUGCAGCCAGAAUCUCAAUUUGGAUGGAGAUUGACACCCUGGGAGAAAAUGCCUUCUGCUCAACAAGUGCAAGAUUCACUUUUUAACUGAUGUGAUUUCAGUAUUGUGGUUGUAAUAUUUUAAUAUUAGGGAAGAACUAAUUUCAGUAAUGGAUAUAAUUUUGCAAAGUUGUUAUUCAAUACUACUUGUUUUAAGCCAAAUUGAAACUGUUUCAUCAAGUCCACAAAACCACCUGGAAAAUGGUUGUGCAUUUUUGCAGUAAGCUUUACAGGAACACAUACUUCACUGUGGGGAUCACAUGUCUUCUACUAUAACAUCAAGGACUAACCAAUUAGCUAAUUUUCCAGUGAGGUUACGCUAUAACAAUAAUGAUGUGCUCCCUGUCCUCAUUGCUAAAUAUAUACAGAGUAGUAUCUGCAGGAAGUAGGGAACAUUACUUAAAUUUGUUACAAUUCUCUGUGCAAACCUCUUUCCAAAUUCAUCGAUUAUUGAAAUAAAGUGAACUAGACCAUGAGAUUUGAAUUGUGUUCCCAAGUAGAUAUCUAAAAAGAGCUAGAUGAUGGGAAGCAUCUAGAAAUGUGAGAGCACCAUCCUGCCAUGAGGUAAUUACACGCAAAUUGACUUGUGCCAAGAAAAUCUGUGAAAAGCUCUAUGAGAAAGGAGUAAGCCAGCUUGUAUGCUGUGGGCCAAAUGACCAUUUUCUAUGCCACCAUGAUUCCAUGAUUACAGCCAAACUGCAACCUUUUUCAAAACAAGGCAUUGAACUCCAUCCUGGAAGGCAACCUGUUACAUUUCAAAAAAAGAAGAGGAGCCACAGCCUUUAAAGUAACAAAAGCUUUUAUUAAGGAAAUGGUCACUGCAUGGCAACAAGAUUAGACUUGGGUUGAUAUGGUCAUCCUGUUGCUGAUUGGAUUCAAUGAACCACCUGUAAUUAUCUCACCUUAUUCUUAGACUUUCUAACCUUAAAGUGAAACACUUCCAUCUGCAACAGAAUAAUACUGUACCUUACAACUGACCAACAAAAGUGGAAUUACCCAAUGUAGGAUUUGAACGCAUGUCCCCAGCACAUUAGAUUACUGGGUCAGGGGCAUUACCAUGACAUUUGUUUUAAGAUUGCCCAUUGAUCGUACAUAGAACCCAAUCUAUUUGUUCAUGUUGUAAACUAGAUGAAAUAGGGUGCUUCAAAGCCAUCCUGCAGAAUAAUGGCUACCCUGAUAAGAUGAUUUCUCAGUGUAUAUCAUGCAAACUCAUGAAAUCCCCCAGGAUAGUCCACUCUUGAUCCUAAAAAGUGACCAAUCUACCUCUGAUUUUAUGCAAAAGUAAGUGUAACAAGCUGUUUCAUGCUGCUAGUAAGCACUAGCCACACAAGUAGCAUGGUGUAUGAAUUUCAGUGCCAAUGUGAUCAGUUAGGUAGGGCAGUUGCCCAGAAGACUGGUGGAUUGUAUCUAACAACAUGUCCCUGUGGCUGUUUACAUCAACAGCACACUGACCCCACAACCUGCAUUUGUUUUAAAUUCAUGUAUUGAAUUUGGACAUCCAUUAUGUUACCUAUCCCUAAUUAUCUCUCAAUCUGAGUAGCUUGUUUGGACAUUUUUAGAAGGCAGUUAAGAGUCAACCACAUGGCUAUGGGUUGAGAGUCAUCUACAGAAAUGGACAGGUAGGGUUAGGAUUUCCUUCCCUAAAGGUAAUUAGUGAACCAAAUGAGUUGCAAUGACAACUGUUACAAGGCACUAUUAGGAUAGCUUUUAAAUGCAGAAUUUUAUGGAAUUCCAGAUUCUUCAUCUGUCAUGGUGGUAUUCAAAGUCCUCUCCCCCAGAGCAUUAGUCUAAGGUCCUGGAAUCUAGGCAGUGACAUUACCACUAUAUAACUGCCUCUGUAACUGUCACCUCCUUGCAAAAAUCACUAAAAUUAGAUGUAUUUCUGAAGUUGGACUUUUGCUGAAUAAUCCUGAUUUUUUUGAGGAAUUGUGUGCUCUGCCUGUUCCAUUGCAACUGAAUAGGUGACCACCUAUUGCUGGUUCAUUUCUCAGGGCAAUGUCCUGACUAAUUGGAGUCAAACUGCUUCAUUUACAACUUAAACAAAAUCUGGCUGUUAAACUGCCGUUCAUGUUGAAUGGGUACGUUCUCCAUGACAUUGUCUCUAGUAAUCAGCACUCCUGCAGUAUGAGUGUUGGUUUUCUCCUUGAAUUGGUAUUCUUGCAAAA